AUGGUGUCACAUCUCUUAAAAGCUGCUGCGGCGCUGCAGCAUCUUAAGCGGCCUUCGACUCUGCAGCAGCAGCAGCAACAACAGCAGCAGCAGCAACAGCAGCAACAGCAGCAGCAACCGGAGACCCUGGAGUCUCUGCUUGCCCUGCGGCUUGUUGAAGCCACGGUCUCUGCGUUUCUGCACACCAUGACUCGCUACUGCUUCCAAGGCGUUAUUGAAGAUGUGGCUCUGGAGUUCUCUGUACCCUUUGAGGGGCCCCUGGGGGGCCCCCCCUUGGGGGCCCUACCCCUGUGGGGCCCCCAGCAGCAGCAGCAGCAGCUGCUGCUGCUGCUGCCGGAGCCUCUACACUUUUUGGGGGCCCUUGCUGAGCGCUGCUACGUGCUGCAGCUGCUGCUGCAGCAGUGCAACCCUGCAGCAGCAGCUGCUGCCCGUCUCUUUCCCUCGCAGCAGCACACAAUCAGCAACAGCAGCAGCAGCAGCAGCAGCAGCAGCUUUGCUGAAAUACCGGGUGGAUAUGAGGAGCAGCAAAGGGCCCCAAAUGGCCUUUUUGGGGCCCCCGGGGCCCUCAG